AUGCUGAAACCGAGGAGAGCCAGCUGCAAACAAAAUGGUGAGGAACCCUUUAGAUGUCCCAAAUUAUCCCACGUGCUCAUUCCCUUCCAGAUUCAUAGCCACAAUUUCUCUAGUAACCUACCACCAGAACGCGCAUGCGAGCCCUUCUCCCGUUCUCCCGAGCUCCUUGCCCAUCGAAACCCCGACAUCCCCGACUGGAUAUCGAACAUUGAGCUUAUCCACCACUACACCGUCCACGCCUACCGUACUAUCGGCUCACUGUGCUGCCAUGCCUUCACAGCGCUACAGAACGACGUGCCAUCAGAGGCUAUGUCUCAACCAUUCCUCAUGCACCAGAUUCUCGCCUUCUCAGCUUUGCAUCUAGCAUACCUCCGCUCAGAUCUCCGCCACAGGUAUCUCAUCCAGGUAUCCCAACACCAGGAUGUCGCCAUCAAGACUAUUAAUGAGAUGCUGAAAAAGUCUCUCGAGCCAGACUCGUGCCACGCCCUGUAUGCCAGCUCGCUUUUCGUCGCCGUCAGCGGGUUUGGUAUGCUCCCCAGCUGCGACAGGUUCAACGAUUCAUUCCAGCCGAUAGAGAGUCUCACAGGCAUAUUUAGACUAAUGCGCGGCAUGCACACUAUCCUGACGUCGUCGGACGACGCCAUACGGAAUGGGCCGCUCAAGACGUUGCUGAGUGGGUGCUCUUGUGAGUCGCCUCAACGUCCUAGCAUCCUCGGAGAGCUUGCCCUCCGACUUGGCGAGCUCUUGUCGUUUGUAGAAAAUCAAACGCCCACCAUCGAUGACGAGGAGAGGCGGAUUUUGGUAGAAGCGGUCGCGGUAUUCAUCCAGGCCAUUGCAACAGUAAUGGGCUCUUCAAGGAUGAUUCCGACGCUUGAGAUGAGAGUCAUCUUUAGCUGGCCUAUGAAGCUACCGGCUUUGUAUCUUGAUUUCUUGCGGCAGGAGAAGCCUCUGGCACUGGUCAUACUAUCAUAUUACUGCGUUCUUCUCCAGUCUCGUGAGCCCAACCACUGGAUGUUCAUAGGUUGGAGUGAUGCAUUGAUGAAGCUUAUUACAAAUCGCAUCAGGGGUUCCCUGAGGGAGGAGCUCAUUCAAUGGCCAAUAGACGUCAUUGGAGAGCAGAAGGCUAAAAGUGUAUUGGAGGACACCAAGGACGCAAGCGACUGUGAAAAUUUGAACGAUUAA